AUGAAAUCGAAAAACGAAUGGAAAGUGCAACUGCACAGUAAUAUUACAUGUUACACAACAUUGGAGUGCGAUUAUGGUCUACUGUGUCUCGAUUGGCGAGAUAUUUGUGACGGUAUUCAGCAAUGUUUAUUUGGGUUCGAUGAAGAGCAGUGUGACAUGCUCGAGUUCAACGAAUGCGAGGACGAUGAAUAUCGCUGUAUGAAUGGAAUGUGUAUCCCGGACAAAUACUUUCUUGACGGUGAAUUCGAUUGUUUGGAUUGGAGUGAUGAAAUACAAUACUACGAUGAUCGAAAAUGUGCAUUCGAAGAGGCUACUUCUCCAUGUGAUGAUCGAAUGUGUCCGCCGGAUCGAUGGUCAUGUGGUGAUGGACAAUGCAUUUUGGACCGGCUUAGUUUUCAAAGUCCGUCAGAUCUGGUUUCAUGUAAUAGUCGACGUGAUCAGUUUUAUUUGUGUGAAACGUAUUAUUAUGAUCUACCCAAACGGUCGAUGCAUUAUCGAAAAUGA